AAAUAAUAAUUCUGGGGUCAUUAGCAAAAAGUGAUAAAAAAUGUUGAUAUGCGUGAAUGAGGGAGCAUCGUGUCGACUUUGGGCACCGGGCGCAAGGCGGGGCGCGCGGCACGCUCGGGGUUCGAGCCCGGUCCCCUCACGCACACAGCCGCGCCGAGCUUCGUCCACUCAUUCUGGAAUCAAACAACGUAGCGUAGCGGGCCGCGCACACGUGCGCAAGUCACAAAACACGGUUGCCGUUUGUCUACUUGCGCCCCCCCUGCGCUGCCUGCCUCGAACGGCCGACUCAGCGAGCGCUCAUGCUUCAUUUUGUAAUACUACUCACUUCAGUGUGCUCGACGCUGCCUAGUUGUGGUUGGAGCCCGCGAAUGUCGUACGCGUUUUGUGGGUUCCUCGUUAGUGCUCUUUGUUCUGUGAUUUUACCAAACGUGAUAGCAGGCGCGAAAAAGUUUGUUUUCGGCAAAGUGAACGGGCGAGGUCGCCUACGAUAUAACAACUAACUGUAGUGCGGUAGACUUGUGGUGCAGUUCCGCGCAGGCUCCGUGUUCUGUGCUCCGUUGAAAUAACAAACUCGUUUCCAUACAUACUAAUCCUAAGUGCAUACUGACUGACUAUACUAGUAUGAAAUAACAAAAUGGCAUUUAUUGACAAUUAGUUUUGAAUUAAAACGUAUGAAUUAAGACGGCCGCUGUUAGGUUCGGGAGCGAGUCCCGGUCCCGACGACAUAGCGCCGGCUUUUGGCACGCUUUGCUAAUAGUGAGAAGUGUUGUUUUAUGAGUCAUUGCACGUUGCGAUGUAGACGUAAUGAUGGAUGUGCAAAUAAACGAAUCCAGUAAGUGGCAGCGCGGAGGGUUUCUGUCAACUCUCAAUAGAAGUUUUCGAUUAGCAAGCGGGAAAGCACGGAGUGUUACUAACUCUCCUACAGAAACUAAAAGCUUUGAACAAAGUUUGGACAUGACAACAGCGGUAACGGGUUUGAACUCGUCGAGUGAUGGCACGGGAGGCCUGAGGCCGCUGGAGAUCGUGGCACCGCGCAUAGACACGUACCGGUUCUCUAUGGCCAACCUAGAGGAGACGCAGGAUGCAGAUCUGGAUGCCAUCCUGGGAGAACUCUGCGCCUUGGACUCCGAGUAUGAUGAAGAGAUAUCUAGGGUAUCUUCAGCACUAUCAUCGGCAUCCAAGUCCAGAGCGAACAGUGCAGCCGAGGGCUCCCAGAGACAAGAUAAGGAGUGCUCUGACGGAGCAUCUAGUAUCGCCCGCACUGAUUCUCCCGACAAUGACUCCGCAUUCAGCGACACUGUAUCCAUGCUGUCUAGCGAAUCUUCAGCAUCCAGUAGCACCAGCACGAAAUGUAAAUCACUAAAACUGAAUCUCCACCAAACACAGAAGGAUGCUAGUUUCCAACUCAAAGCUGAUAAAAUUAAGUUAGCGUUGGAACGCAUGCGCGAAGCCAACAUUAAAAAGCUCUUCAUCAAAGCCUUCUCUAUGGAUGGAUCGUCCAAGAGUCUGCUGGUCGACGAGAAGAUGACUUGUGGAUACGUCGCUCGUCUAUUGGCAGAUAAGAACCAUGUCACCAUGGAGCCCAAGUGGGCUAUUGUCGAGCACCUACCCGACCUACACAUGGAACGAGUGUACGAAGACCAUGAGAUGCUUGUCGACAAUUUAAUGUUAUGGACUAGAGAAUCAAAGAACAAAAUUCUAUUUGCCGAGCGACCAGACAAAAUAUCUCUGUUCCAAACUCCUGAGAAGUUCUUACUGACUGAGGAUGAUAGAGGUUGGUCCAGCGAGCAUGACGAGCACUCGAGACAAGUCAUCAUUGAAGAGUUCUUCGGGCAGAGCGGAGGAACUACCAGCACGGUGCCCUCAGUGUCUGGCCACCCAGUGCCGCCGAUGGAAGGCCCGUUGUAUCUCAAAAACGAUGCCAAAAAGGGAUGGAAGAAAAUAUACUGCGUUUUGAGACCGUCUGGACUGUACUACUCGCCUAAAGAUAAGGUGAAGACACUUAAAGAGCUGGUGUGCCUGGCUACUUUCGACAAUAACGAAGUUUACAUAGGGUUGAAUUGGAAGAAGAAGUACAAGUCCCCAACAGAUUACUGCUUCGCGAUCAAGCACCCGAGGCUGCAGCAACCAAAGAGUGUUAAGUUUAUUAAGUUCUUGUGCGCUGAUGAUCAGCGAACGCUGGAGAGAUGGGUGACCGCCAUGCGAAUAGCAAAGCACGGGAGGCAGCUGUUGGAGAAUUACCGUUCAUUAGUGGAAGAGCUCACUCAGGAGGAUUUAGACCAUCUCGCCCACGCUCGAUCAUGUUCAAUAACUUCGAUCCCCACUAAGACGAACGGCAUGCCAGCGCUGGGAAUCAACAGUCCAGCACAAUCCACCUCUAGCAACGUUAGUGUGGCUAACUCAGACAUCAGCAGUGGCAGACACUCCCGCGCAUCGUCGUCCAGUUCGAGCGGCUGCCUGUCGGACGGCGGCACGGCCUCCGAGAGCGCCUUCGACUGCGAGUUCCCCAUGGGUACGAUAAAGCGCAAACCGUCCAUGAAACCAAACAUUCCGUUGACGUGGAUGACGCGUCAACUGAAGGAGAUGGUGGAAAAGGGCGGAGACUGCGGCGCGGAGGACGAGGGCGGCGGCGACUCCGGCACCCUCACGCGGCGUCCACGCCCCGCGCGGUCCGACGACUCCACGCUCAAACGUCACCACACCAUCGAUACAGCAGACACCACUGUAUACAGCAACGCCAGUCGCCUCAGUGCUACAGGCAGCCCCGUCCGCCUCGACCCACCCUCUCCCACCUACGGCCACUACGAGAGCAUUCCCCGCGACAGCUUGUACCGAAACAGCUCCGAUAGUGGAUCCGCAUUAUAUGGGUACACCACAAUCUAUGAUAAAGUGCAGCGACCACCAGUCGUGAGUACCGUGGAAGACUUGCCCCCGCCCCCUCCGACUGAAGAUAUUCCCGAUGGGAUGUUCAGUUCGACGCUAAGCCUGGACUCGCUGCCGCCGCCGCCGCCUCCGCUCGAGCCUAUCGAAGACCUGACCGGGUCUCAGCUGAGCCUGCCCCCGCCCCCACCAGAGCAUACCAUAGAAGCGCACACGGCGGCCGGGCGCGUGCACGACAUCGUGACGCAGCUGACGGCGCAGCAGGUGGAGCAGGCAGCCCGCGCCGGCCAGUCGCGCGUCGCCACGCGCACUGACCAGAGCCGCACAUUCCCGCGACAACCCUCACUCGACAGCGUCCACUCGGAAGCCUCCCGAACAUCGUCUCUUCAUUCAGACAAGAGCAUUUAUGGUCAACAAAACGUCGCGUACGGCGCCUGUCUCGCCGAGUUGCAGACCAAGAAAAUCAGUAACGGCAGUCCCUCGAUUCAGAAGAAGAUAACAGCUGAUCCUUCUAAAGAACGAACGGGCUCAAUGAAAAAAGUGAUUUUCGCUGAUGACCUCCCGGUUAAUACCGACAGCAAGAAGGCUAAAAAAAUAUCUUUCAAUUUAAAGGAGCAGCCUCCGUUAUCGCCUCGGAAGCCACCGCCACCUAAACGCAAUGAAAGCACAAGGUUAUCGUCACCAAAGAAAUUAGCAGAUUCGAAUAGCAAUCCUCCAAAAGAGUUCCUUAGAGACUUGCAAAGGGUAAUGAGAAAAAAAUGGCAGGUAGCACAAAAAUGUAAAUUGGAGCCUGCGACAACGCCGCACGAGGUUUUGGGUUUUAGGGAAUAUCCUUUGUCAGAGGAUUAUAAGGAGACGAGUGUGUCGAUGUGGGUGCAGGAGCACUACGGCGGGGGAGUGGAGGACCCGUUCUACGAGAACGUGUUCGGGCGCGAGGCGGCGCCGCGCCGCGAGGAGCCCAAGCCCAUCAAGAAGCGGCCGCCGCCCGCGCCGCCGCGCCGCAGCGAGUCCACGCACCUCAGCACCGCGCCGCCGCCCGCCGUCUGAGCGGCUACAUGUACCGGAAUUACAUAUUUAUUCAUAUUCAAUCAUUAUACACUAUUAGAUUAUAUGUUAAACCCUUGAACCACUGUAAUGAAACCGGUGUCUCAUACGUCGCCGAACAAAUACGUGUAGCGAAUAGAAACUAAAUGUUUUCAUGUAACUUUAGGCGUUUCUAAUAAUUAUAACUAAGCUCUCUGGAGUUAGGUAAUAAAUGUUCUUGUAUAAAAAAAUUAAAGGCAACUAACUGCAUAGGUAGGUACUUUAUCCCAAAUGUAUGUAGAGCGUGUUUUCGUAAAAAUGACCAAUCUGAAAGUGUUAUCAUUUGGAACGCAGUUAAAAACAAUUUAAAAUUAUGAUAAUCAGAAUGGGGUGCUAUUUUGAAAGGUAUGUACUAGGGUGUGUAGGUUGGCAUUUUUGCAAGUUCACUUGCAUAUUGAGAAAAAUUGUAGUAGAAUUCAUAGUUUAGGCAAGUGUUAUAAAAAUUAUUUAAUUGAACGUUAGAAAGAGGCGGGUUAUCCAAACUAAAGAGUGCAAGGACGCUGAUAGAUAAUAUAAUUAUUGCUGGUGAACUUGCAAAAUAUAUUUAUUGCAUGAGUUGGAGUUUUGUCAAUUUUAUAUUAUGUUCCUAGUUAAUUAUUAUUAUAAAUGUUUUAUUAUGAACUCGGGCAGUCUACGUUUAGGAUCAUUGUAUAGUAUAAUUGCAACAUGAUAUUGGCUAGAUGAUACGAUAUUAUGUUAUUUCAGCCUCACAGAAAAUAAUGUUUGCAAAUGCGAGACCUACCACGACGCACGAAACUCCUGCUUAUCCGUUGCUGAAAAGGAUGAGUGCAUUUUAUUUAUGUGCGCCAGAACAGUAAAAGUAAAAAGAUAAGUCAUGGUAGGGCUAUACACACUCGUAAUAUUAAGCUUAACUGUGUUCUUGCUUGCCGUCUCCGUAGAUCACACUGAAGUCGUCACUAUCCUCUUGUGUGCCAUAACUUCUGAUUUUAUUGUUGUGAUUGACAAGUGCGAUUUCAAAGGCGCGGGCGCUUCCGAAGCAAGCAUUGUUCAUGAACAUUUAAAUUCUUUUGAAUAAGUAUACAAAGAAUGAAACGAGUGUUAUAAAUAGAGAUUGAAGGGGGACAGAAUGAAAAAUAUACAGAACUCCAAUGUAUCUGAUCUCACUGUGUCAUCAAUAAGCGUUAUUUUUAUGUUUGGGCUGUGAUUACGUCGUGUCUGAGCUAUUUCCAAGAUACGACCCGAUGAGACGACGGCGGCAGGAUAAUUAGUACUUUUUUAUUACCAAUUUAUUGAAUGAUGUAUACACAUCGGAAACUGUUUUGAAUACCUUACUCAUUUCCGAUAUUGUAUCAUAAACAGCUAAUAAAUGUUAUGUAAAUUGUUUUAUGUAUUUUAGCGAAGCACUACAGCGAUGGAACUCGGUCCUUGUGUAGCUUAUAAAUUAAGCUUUGAAUACCUGACUAGAUAUAAUUACUUAUUUAAUCUAAAAUUACGUACGAUUGUUUUUUUAUCCUAGUUUGUUAAUACUGUGGAGUGAAGACAGUGUAAUAUGGAUAUUUUGUUAGCGUGAAGAGGCCUUAUAUAUCGAUAACUUAACGAUAAUUCUAUCUAGGUGUAAAGAACCCUGUCAUUGAACCAUUCGCAUUAAAAUUAAGAAUCUAAAUUAUAAAACUGAAGCGUCAGCUGUGAAAUAAGUUCGACACUAAUAAACAACAACAAAUCGUGAAUUCAGCACAUUUCCAUUAGGAUACUAUAGAUAUAAUACGCAUAUUUUACUCUGUCUUUGCUCGCAGUACGCGUAGCUAUCAACUGCCUUAAUUAAAUAUACUUUUUCAUUAUAUAUUCAAAUUCUGCAUUCCUAUAGUUCGAAAUUAUAAUAUGACUAUAUCUAACUGUAUUUAUUUAUAUAAAAAAAAACAACAACAUUUAAGAAAUAAAAGUAAGCUUGUCACAAAAUAAGCGUUGCACUUGAUGGAAUGAGGCCCAUUUUCACUGAUAACAUAAACGUCCGUUUUUCGUAAAACAACUGUUUACCUACUUUGAAAAUUGGACGUGGAAAUUAGUAAACCGUUGUAAUACAAAAAUGUACGUUUGUAUCCUCGUUGAACUGGGUUAAAGCUUACUUAGCAAUUGUUUAUAAAAUUUUACAAUGUUAUGAUGUGAAUGCCAUGACUGCGUUUGUAUAGUACAUCAGGCAUGCUUUCUGUAACUACAUAAAAAUUUAAUUUUACAUGACACCAGUUAAAGUCCAUCCAAUGAAAUUCGGAUUUCAAAGACUGAAAAUAUGAAAUAAAAAUCCGAUAUUGACAAUAAGGUUGCGUCCAUAAAAUCCGGAUUCGUUAAGUGGUGUCCACAGAAGACACUACUUUUUGUAAUUAUGUGUCUAAGUGGUAAACGAAUUAUAAAUAAUUUCUCUAGCCGAGUUUGGCGUUUUUAUUCUUAUUGCUAUUGACCUGAUGACUUCCAACACUAUUUAAAACAAGCUCAUUGAUAUUCUGAAAAAUCUGCUGUUUCAUUAAAAUAAAAAAUUAUAACUAAGUAGGUAUCCACAAUUUUUGAAAAACUUUGAGGAAGCGAAAAGUUUGAAAAUUUCAAUGAGCAACAUUACUUGGACACAAUUCAUUUUAUAGUCGUUCUUGCUUUAGAUGUUUUAUGUGAAUGUAAUUUUUACUGUAUUGAACUAUGUUGUGGUAAAAUCUACAUUUAUACGAAAUGAUGAGUGUUUGUUGUAAUGUAUCUGUAAUGUUCUGUAUUAUGAUUUUGUAAACAUGCAACACUGUGUGCAAUGUGCUAUGGUUUGUAAUCAUAGCUGGAUCUAUUCGUUAUAAAGGCAACUUGUUCUGCAUACUCUGAUGUGUCGUGAGUCUCAAAACGGGACUUAAAAUACCGAAAGUAAUCUUAAAUAAUCAUUAACUGUUCAUUAAUGUUUGUAUAUAAUAUCUGAUAAAGUAAUCUAGAUCUAAAUUUAAAAUUGUUUACAGCAAACUAAUAGUUAGAUACGGGUUGUACUCUCAUGAUUUCGACGCAUACCUACCUGAUGAUGUAUUGAAAAACGGUUUAGUAAUCAGUUUUGUGUAACGCAUUUAUUAGUAUUCUUAAUUAAAUAUGUUUAAAUUGUACAGAACAAAUUAAUUAUAAACAUUAAUUCUUUGUAUAUUUUUUCAAAUAUAAUGAAAUUCCAAGAA